AUGCUAUCUUAUUCAAUGAGUAUACAGUUUAUUAUUUUUAUGUAUUUUUCUGUAUGAUAUCACAAAAAAAAUUUCCCAGGUAUGUCCGCCAGUACUACUCAUCUGACCAGUACCAGUCAGCCCACCAACACCACUAUGUCUGUCACCUUGACAACUCAGCCCACCAAAACCAGCCAGACAAUGAGAUCCACCACAGCUUCAUCAGUCACAUCAUCACAACUCAAUAUUACAGUGGUGACCACUUCCAAGUUUUCUUUCACUUCUGUAACAGCCACAUCAAAAUCUGAGGCUGUCGUAGCCAAAACCUCCAGAUUUGAUGUGGGCAGUUUCAUAGGUGGCAUCGUGCUGACACUUGGAGUCCUAGUUAUUCUCUACAUCGGAUGCAAAACCUAUCACUCUAAAAGAGGCAUUCAGUACAGAACCAUUGAUGAACAUGAUGCCAUCAUUUAA